GGGAGGUACGUCAACCAUCCCUCGCCAUUUUCCGUCAAGCUCACUCAAGUUAGCUUCUGUCAGUCGCUGUGUUUGUGUAUUGUGUUGUGAAAAAUUAUCUGUAUCGAUGAAUAUCAAUGGGAAAUCCUGCUGAUUACGACGCCAAACGAUGGGUCGAUUGUUGUGUUUGUGGCUUUAAUGCAUUGUUCGAGCAGUGAUGAUGGCCAAGUGAAGUGUUUUGUGUCGUAUGCUGGGUUGUCAGCAACAGUGAGAUCCUUUCUCUGGAUAUAUCGUCCUCAAGACGACGUCGGAUCAUAACACGGGAAGGUGACACACCAUGUCGGCAAAAAACAUCCCAGGAGAUAAGAUAAACCUGCGACUGAUCCUGGUGUCCGGCAAGACGAAGGAGUUUGUGUUCAGCCCGGUGGACUCGGCGGGGGAUAUCGCAAUACACGUCUACGAUAACUGGCCUGAAGCGGACUGGGCGGCGGAGUGCGUGUCACGCGCGGAGAUCCUGCGGCUCAUCUACCAGGGGCGGUUCUUGCACAGCUCGGUGACGCUGGGCGCGCUGGGGCUCGCGCUCGGCCGCACCACCGUCAUGCACCUCGUGCCGCGCGAGCACCUGCCCGAGCCCAACUCGCACGAUCAACGACAAAAGAGUAAAGGCGGUUCGAGCAGUUGUUGUUCGGCGUCGUGCUGCAUAUUGUAAUGCUCCCCCGUGUGGGUGCGCCGCGGCAGCGAGUGAGGACUCAGUGUACUCGUGACGUGUGAGUGCGUGCGCGUGGCCGCGGCGCCUGGAGCCCGGCUCACCCGCGGCCGAGCCCCUGCGGCCCUUCAGUUCAUUUCCGACUUCAUAGCUUAAGCGAUGUCACGCGUAGCUCGCUUAGGACUCGAUUCGAUUUUUAGAUAUUCGGGACUCACUAGCUUACGCCGACGGGGAGUCGACCCGGCUAUCGAACACAAAAUCUUAGUAUUAUAAUUUAGGCCAUCUACAUGAAUUUAUAUAAACGUUACUAUGGAGAUAUUUAUAAAAAUUAAAUGACAAAUUUAGUAGAGACGAAGUGUAAAUUACUCUCAUUUGCAUUGUAAAUAGUUCGUAUAUUUUGUAAUUCGUUAAGGAGCGUACUGCGGGAUUACUGUUUUUGUGAUAAGUUCAUGCAAUAUAUUGGUUUUUUUAUCGGUGUUUGCCGCUAGAUGUAGCCCCGCUCGCUCGGGCUUGUAGUAACAAUACACGAACACUGCGACUGUGUCGGCUCGACAUACAUGUACAAGGACCGUAGUGUGCAACUACGACUCGCUGUAAAUCUUAGUAUUAAAGCUGCCCCCGUGUCGGGAAGGCUCUCGCCUCUAUAUUUUACUAUCUCGAAGUUUUAUUAGAUCUUAUUUUCGUUGUAUAGGAGCGACUCGUGGUUCCGUUCCACUCGCAUGAGAUUAUAAUAUGUAUACAAUAUAUUCAUUUUAGUACAAUGAAUUCAAAAAUAGAGUGCACGCAAUUCAGACUCUUUAUGAACAAAUUAAGAGCAAGACAUUGGAUCACCUAAAUUUUGUAAUAGCGUAUAUGACACGAUA